AUGCCUCAGAUCACAGAUCCCAUCGCCCACUGGGAAGACUUAGAGGCACGGCUGAGCAGUGCGAUGAACCACCUCACACCCAAAGCUUUCGAAUUGUUAUUAUUACUUCUAAUAAUUGUAAUUCUCAGAAGACUCCUGACACACGAUCCAAGACAGAGCUACAGCCACCAGGAGCUAGCUAAAAUCACCGGCUCCCUAAGCCACAUCCUUGUAGACCAACUGAAACUAAGUGACAAGUCCAUCACCCACUUACAACAGGAGAUGACACAUACCCAAAGACGCAUAGACAAGCUGGAAGAGAAAGCCCAAUACCAACUGAAAAGGUCAGAAGAAAAGGAGCAAGAGGCAAAGAAGGAAAUUGCAAAGCUCCAAGAAACCCUGGCAACUACCCAGAAUGAAAAGGAGGAAGCGAAGGCUGCCCAGAAGGACCUAGCAGACAAACUCCAAUACGCCAAGCAGCUACUGGAGAAAGCCAAGUCUGAGGUCGAAGAUAAGAAUGCCAAAAUCAAGGCCCUGGAAGGCCACCUGGAGAAGUCUAGAGACAAAGUUGAAAGUCUGACCCUGCAGCUUGACCACACCAUAGAAGAAGCUGACACAAUCAAAGAGGAGCUCAAGCAUGCCUACGAGCUGACACAAGAAACAAGAAGUGAGGGGGCACAACCCAGAGCCUCACCGGCCCUCACAGAAGAAUUCAUCCCUGCCAACAGAAGAAUGGGACCCAUCCAUGCAGACACCAAAGCGGUACAUGGCCUGACCCUAAAAGACCUUGACCGUCUGGCCAGAAACAUUAACAAGUUCACCCCAAAUGCUGCUGGAGGCUACGACGUACAGGCCUACCUGCAAGAUAUUGACUUCCACCUGGAAACGAGGCCUCAGGCGACCAACCGAGACAGGCUCUUUCUACUGAGGACAACAUCUAGUUCAGAGGUGCGAAGCUUCCUAGAUCGACAGCCCGUUCGCACAAAAUCUAACUAUCAGCUACUCCGCCAGGCACUGAUUAAAGAAUUUGCAGACCCAGAGUCUGAACAUGGACUGUUAGCUGCCCUGGAAACCAAACAGGGUUGGCAGGAGAACCCCCGAGCCUACUACAACCGGCUCCGACGAGCCUAUUUUGGGGCCCAUAACGAGCCUGACCUGGAAGAGGACAUGAACUUCAAAACCCUCUUCAUAAGAAACCUGCAUCCUGGAGUAAGCCAUCACCUAGGUGUCAUGGCCUGCCCUCGCACAAUGACGGUCCAACAGUUACGGGACUUAACCCAGAAGGCCUAUAUCAAACAGAAGAUGGCCUCAAGAAAAGGUAACAAAACAUCUAUGGUCUCCAUUACCCAAGAUCCAACCCUGGCGCUGGAAGACUGGAAAGAAUGGAGAGAACCCAUAACCUGCAAGAAAUGGUACCCCCAUGCCAACGCCAAACCAAGAAACACUGUGGUCCAAGAGACUAGAAAAGGGGGGUAGCUGAAACCGACCGACACGGCUCAGACUGCCCA